AUGGAGGCCAAGUGCAAGACUCGUCUAGCAAACGUGCUAAUGUUGCUUCUCGCCGCAAGGACUGUGUGCUCUGCGCCAACUCCAUCUCAAUCCUCUGGGGUCUCAGAGAGCACCCAGUAUCCCCCUUCCACCCGAGGCGCAAGACUGCUGCCGCCCGAGACACAGGGCUUCUACCCUACCAAACUUGAGCGUGAGGGCCACGAACUGGAGCAGCCGACGCCCACUCCAGACGAAUCAUUUGUUGGACUGAACGACCUACUAGACACCUUGGGUCAGCCUGAGUCUUUGCUUAAUUGGCUACUUCCCAACCCGGACGAACCAACAGACGUUCCAUCUCAGCCGCCAGCUGCACCAACGUCAGAAGCCUCUUCCACACCUCUCGUGGCCGCGACGCCUGUUCCUACUACGUUGCCUGCUACUCACAACAUUAUCGAGCAGCCCACUACUGUCAGUUCAGUACCCAGCUCGUUCGAGGCUACCACAGUCACAACUUCUAGUUCAGACGAAAACAGCCCAGUAGUGAGCACAUUCACAACGCAUAUCCAAGGUCCUGCCGAAAUGGUCAGCCAAGACGUAUUUGUGCCGGUGGGAACUGGUCCGAUUCCUGCCGCCAUCACUUCUCGGAACGACCAUCCUGUUCGCAAGAAUGGAGUUAAUUCUUCGAAUCCCAUUGAAACGAACAAGUUCCACAGUGCACUCUUCCUAGGGACCCAGACGAACGCCACCUUUACCCAUCCUUACACUCUAGCAUGGGCGAAAGGGAGCGGCAACCUGUCGAGCUUUGGCAUGGCCGUCUCACACACUGAGUUGAAUCUCGUUGCAAGCGGCCCGACCAAUUCGCAGCUACCAGGAAACCCUAUAUCGUACUACAUAAAUCCGAUCGGCAUUCAGUCGAUCAUUCUGUCAGCUUCCGAGUUUGGUCCUUCCACCGUCCUCACUGCAGAAAACCCCAAGUCAUUUUCAGCGGACGCGGUGCUGCAACCCCAAGCCGGGUCUGCUCGACGACUCACGUUACCAGUGCUGCAAGGCAUGGCUUUUGUGACCGGUAUCUACACUCAACUGCAGCCAGUGGUUCAGAGCGCUGUACAUUUCCGACAAGUCGUGACUGCUGGUUCACCCCGAGCCGGCAUCUUCAAAUACCGUGCGACGCUUGAGGAUAACUCGAUUUGGCUCAUCUAUGCCAUCCCAGACAAUGGACAGGACCCCAAUUUUCAGUUAGUAUCCACUACCGAUCUGCGAGGACCUAGCGGAUGGUCCGGUACUGUCCAAGUCGCAAAGAACCCAGCUGGGUCUUCAGGUGAAAGUCUCUUCGACAACUCGGCCGGUGUCUUCGCUGUCGAAGCAACCGUCUCCGGUUCAGUUGACGGCCACACAGGCACUUACCGUCUUGCCUGGGCCAAGGCAGGGAAGGAGACUCAGAGCACGCCUUUGAUGAUGUUUGCUCUGCCUCACCAUGUAGCCUCAUUCGACUCCCAGACCAGCGCCCGAGCUGUCAAUAUCACGCUACGAACCACCACCAAAGGCAUGGCUAGAGCCGUCAUCGGGGAGUACUGGACCAUGACAGAGCCUGAUCUCCCAACAAACAUGGGCUUUGCGCCAUGGGUCUUGGCCACAGACAGCUCUCCCCAACUCAGCGCUGCAGCCCAGGCAGUGAUUCGAGACGUAGCUAUUACGGAGCUUCAGCAGGAUAUUGACGGUCAGACCAACCUGAACAGCAUGUACUUCAGCGGCAAAGCUCUAAGCAAGUUCGCCACCAUCAUCUGGACCGUCGACAAGCUCCUCAACGACCAUGCCACAGCUGCUCCUGCUCUCGAGCGCCUGAAGCAGGCCUUUGCCCGUUUUGCGCAAAACAAACAACAGUUCCCGCUAGUAUAUGACACUGUGUGGAAAGGUGUCGUCUCAUCCGCAAGUUACGGCGGUGAUGUUGGUGCCGAUUUUGGAAACACACUCUACAAUGACCACCAUUUCCACUACGGAUACUUCAUUCAUGCCGCUGCUGUUAUCGGGGCUUUGGAUCCAAGCUGGAUUGCAGCCAACCGUGACUGGGUGAACACGCUUGUUCGUGAUUCAGGUAAUCCGGCAUACAAUGAUCCCCUGUUUCCAUUUUCCCGCGCCUUUGACUGGUAUCACGGGCACUCGUGGGCUAAAGGCCUCUUUGAAUCCUUCGAUGGAAAGGAUCAGGAGUCGUCUUCGGAGGAUUCCAUGUAUGCGUAUGCGCUCAAGAUGUGGGGGAAAACGAUCGGUGAUGCGAGCAUGGAGGCCAGAGGCAACCUCAUGUUGGGUAUCAUGCGGCGCAGCUUCCACGACUAUUUCCUCAUGGAGAGCGACAAUGCCAACCAUCCUGCCAACUUUAUUGGCAACAAGGUCACAGGGAUCUUAUUCGAGAACAAAGUCGACCACACCACCUAUUUCGGCAGCAACCUCGAAUACAUUCAAGGAAUCCACAUGCUUCCCCUCCUGCCUAUGUCCCCAUACAUCCGCAGUCAGAGGUUCGUGCGCGAGGAAUGGAACGCCAUCUUCGCAUCCAAUGCAGCCGCGCCUGCCGAUGGAGUUACAGGCGGAUGGAAGGGUAUCCUCUACGCAAACCUGGCUCUUAUCGAUCCAGCCGCAUCUUGGCGGUUCUUCUCGCAGAGUAACUUUGACUACAGCUGGAUUGACGGCGGAGCAUCGCGGACGUGGUACCUUGCAUUCGCUGCAGGACUUGGUGGUGGGUCGGCUGCAUAGGCUUCGUUCGGGUCAGCCAAGGUUAUGCACCUUCACUAUCCUUGAGAUGAUUUCGCUCUUCUAGCUCCAUGUUACGUAUCAUGAUAGUGGGCUUGAGUGUUUUGGUCUUUCUUUAAUAUUUAUUCCAGUAACCCUGGAUUUCUGCGAUCUUACAUUAUCCAUAGAAUACAUUCGCUAAGAUAUGCCUUGAUCC